UGCAAGCAAAUGGCAUCGUAAAUCGAACAGACAGGAGGGAGCGCCUAUGAGCUUCACCUUGGCGCGCUUCGUCCUCCUUCACUCCAGGGUCUGCUCAGAAGCUGCAACUACCACCAAAAACAAUGGCGGUCUUAUUUCAACCCUGAAUAAAAGAAAAUUUACUUCGACUGCGAUCCCCAGAGCUCAAAAUAAGACAACUGAAGAGCUACUGGUGGUAGUUGGGGGCGGAGCAGCUGGGGUUUAUGGAGCAAUUAGAGCUAAAACUCUGGCUCCUAAUCUCAAUGUAGUGGUCAUUGAGAAAGGAAAGCCUCUAUCCAAGGUAAAAAUUUCUGGAGGAGGCCGAUGCAAUGUGACAAAUGGGCAUUGUGUUGAUAAUAAGAUGUUGGCAGAAAAUUACCCUAGGGGUCAUAAAGAAUUGAGAGGAUCAUUCUUCAAUGUGCAUGGGCCAGUUGAUACCAUGUCCUGGUUUUCUGAACAUGGGGUUAGGCUGAAGAUUGAGGACGAUGGAAGGGUAUUUCCUGUCAGCAACAGUUCGUCUACAAUAAUUGAUUGUCUCAUGUCUGAAUCGACACGACUGGGAGUUUCUCUGCAGACUGGAAAAGCUGUGAUAACUGCAUCUCCUACUGCUGGAGGGAAAUUUCUUCUAGGGAUUGAAAAGCGUACCUUCAGUUCCCCUGAAUAUGUUGAAGCUGAUUAUCUUUUGAUUGCCAGCGGUAAUAGCAAGCAGGGUUACAGUCUUGCAUCUCAGCUUGGUCAUUCAAUUGUAGAUCCAGUACCAAGCUUAUUUACUUUCAAGAUUGAGGAUCCACGGCUGGCCGAUUUGUCAGGGAUUACAUUCCCUAAAGUUAAGGCAACACUGAAAAUAGAGAAUUCCCGAAGGAAUAUACCACAGCUUACGCAGGUUGGACCUGUGUUGGUCACGCACUGGGGAUUCAGUGGGCCUGCAAUUCUUCGGUUAUCUGCUUGGGGUGCCUGUGUUUUAUCCAGUUCAGGAUACAAAGGGACUCUUAUUGUAGACUUCACACCUGAUGUGCAUAUAGAAGAUCUGAAGUCAAUCCUCACCCAACACAAAAAUCGGUUUGCGAAGCAAAAACUGUCCAAUUCAUAUCCUUCAGAAUUUGGCCUUGUGAAGAGAUUUUGGAUAUAUAUAUUGGGUCGCCAGGGUUUACUUGGUGAUACCUUGUGGGCUUCCAUUUCAAAGAACUCAUUAAUUUCUCUUGCACAUAUGUUAAAGCAUUGUAACUUUUAUGUUACAGGAAAGAGUCAAUAUAAGGAUGAAUUUGUCACUGCUGGUGGUGUUCCACUCUCUGAGAUAUCGAUGAAUACAAUGGAAAGCAAAAUCCAGUCACAUCUAUUCUUUGCUGGAGAGGUACUGAACGUUGAUGGGAUAACUGGUGGUUUCAAUUUUCAGAACGCUUGGUCUGGCGGAUACAUUGCAGGAACUAGUAUUGGCAAACAAGCGGUUGGUGCUUAAGUUAUCUAUGCGAGGGACGUUUUUGACAAACUUGCUAUGGUCCAGAUGAAGAGGCUGCCGCUGAUGGCUAUGAAAGACCGACAGUACAGUACUAAACGUGAAAACCCCCUUGUUUUCUUUACCUAAACAGUUUUGUUUGUCAGUCUGAGUCACGACCAAAUACGUUUGCUUUCAAGAAACGAACAAAUACAUCUGCGUCGUCUUAAAAACUAUUUUUGUGAGUGCGGCAUGCAUUCACAGAAUCACAAGAGUUUUUUAUUU